AUGGCUGAAGCAAACACAGCUGUGGCCGGGACCCGAAAACGGGGGCGCCCUCGCACCAUGGAGGACGACCAUCAGCCGCAUCCUGCUGAGGAGCGACGCCGCAAGCAGAUUCGCGUGGCCCAGCAGACGUAUCGCCGGCGCAAGGAGGUCAUGAUCACUAGCUUACAAACGCGCGUGCAAAAGCUAGAAUCGAGUAUUGAAGAGCUUAGCGAGUCCUUCCUGUCAUUCAGUGAUCUUCUCCUCGGGGCUGAUAUACUUGAAAAACAACCACGGGUGGCCUCCGCUCUCCAGAAAAUUACGGAGCAAUACGUGUCGCUCGCUAAAAGCGGAUGUGAAGAUCAUGCUCAAGCAGGAGCUGCGAGCAACGCCCCAGAUCUAAAGCUAAGCGUUGCGUCAAAUUUCAAUUUAGAUUACAAUCCAGACAUCGCCCAGCACGGUACCCUACCGAUUCUGGAAAACAUGAAGUCGUCACUUCCCACAAUGGUUCAGUCACAGUUACCUCCAACGCCACCCUUUCAAGAACAACCCAUUCUCCCAGUUGACAUCGAUCUACUUUCACCUACGAUUCCAAUAUCAACUUCAGGCCCUCCUUUACAUAAUGCACUGACCAUCAAAUCUCAUGCAACUCAUACAAAGCAAGGGUGGGCGUUAUCACACAGUCUUGUUCGACAAUGCUACGAAAAUGGAUAUCGGUUGCUAGUGGAUUCACCUGAUGAUUUCACAACGAUUCAGAGCAUCUUCGGCCGACAAUUGACCACUCCUGAGCGCAACAGCCUGAUUUCCGCAUUUUAUACUGCUAUACAUGACGAGAUUGGCGACAAGGUUAAGCACGAUGCUAAUUUUCUCAGUUCAAAAAUAAACGCCUUCGCUUCAGAACGACUUGAAAUAUUAUCUAGUACAUGGCAGAAUGAGACGAGGUUUGUCUCAGAAGAAUGGCUGGAUGCAAACGAGGUGCAGAGGUUUUUGAAAAAGAAAGGCAUCAUCGUUCAGGACAAUGGCUUUGUGCGUUCUAGUUCGCCAUUCGAUUUCCUGGCGAAAUUUGAUGUGCUAGCUUUCAUCGGGUUGCUGUCUCUCGGUCCCAUCUGCGUUGGUUGUGGGCCAGCAUUCCGAAUGCGUGAUGUUGAAUAUGCGCUACACCUCGCUACUUCAGAGAAUGCCUGGCCUUUUGACGUUGGGUGUCAUUUUGCUUCUUAA